GUGUUGCCGACAGACAGACGGCUCAUUCCAAGCACCUUGAGUGAGCUCCUCACAGGUGACCCGAAUCUAGUAGCCGUCUAGGGGGAGCAUCGCCAGCAUGUGCAGCUCUGCUUCCUGGAACUCAUCAUCCCCUGGCGUGCUGUUCAUCGGGCAGCAGGGGAGGAAGAAGAAGCCUCAUGCCUCCAUGACUCUCAGGAGGAAGAGGUUACGGCUGAUCAGGAGGAGGAGGGCUGCUGCAGGGGCGGAGAUGGAGAUGAUGAACCUGAGGCUCCACCUGGAGAACCGGCGCAUCCUGGCGGAGAACGAGAGGCUCCGGGAGAGGGCCGGUGCCCUCCGCCGCGAGAACCUCGCGCUGCGUGCCAACCUCUGCAAGGCGGUGCCACCGCCGGCAGAGGCCGCCGCCCCCGGCUGCUGAGCCUCCCGGCGAUCUCCUGGGUGGCUCCUUUGUUGUGCUUGUGCUAGCUUGGCUAGGUGUUGAUGAUGGUAGCUUCUUGGCCUGCUGGGGAUGGCUUGGCUGGCUGAUGAUCUGUGCCUAUCGAUCAACCGCAAGGUUUUUCCUCGAUCUAACUCGUGUGGUUUGCGGCGUGAUCAUGGUUUCGAAUUAUAUGUUUAAUUACUUUGAAGUGCAGUGAUUAGUUAACAAGUUUUUGUCUGGCUGGCUCUUUUGAAAAGAAAAAUGGGGAGGAAAAUAAAAGGCAGCUUUGAUCAAAA